AUGAUGUUCAUUGCAUAUGUUCCUUUUGCUCGAUCUUCACUGAAUCAUGAUGAUGUAUUUAUCCUAGACACUCAUAACAAGAUUUAUCAGUUCAAUGGGGCAAACUCUAAUAUUCAGGAAAGGGCAAAGGCAUUAGAGAUUAUUCAGUUCUUUAAGGAAAAGUAUCAUGAUGCAAUGUGUGAUGUUGCAAUUGUUGUUUUGGUUCUAUUUGGUGGUUUUGUUCCAAUAGGAAAGAAAGUUCAGAGUAAAGAUGAUGUUAUUCCCAAGACUACUCCUGCUAAACUUUAUAGCAUAAUUGAUGGUGAAGUGAAGACUUUAGAUGGGGAAUUAUCGAAAGGCCUCUUGGAAAACAACAAAUGUUAUCUACUAGACUGUGGUGUUGAGGUUUUUGUUUGGGUUGGACGGGUGACCCAGGUAGAGGACAGAAAAGCUGCCAGUCAAGUUGCCGAGGACUUUGUUGGCGGCCAGCAAAGACCAAAAACAACACGCAUUACCCGUGUCAUCCAAGGGUAUGAAAAUAAUUCAUUCAAGUUCAAAUUUGAUUCUUGGCCGGCAGGAUCCACAACUGUUGGUGCUGAUGAGGGAAGAGGAAAAGUUGCUGCUUUGCUGAAGCAACAAGGAGUCGGUGUCGAGGGGAUGAGCAAAAGUACUCUCGUAGAUGAAGAAGUUCCUCCUUUGAUUGAAGGCGGUGGAAAGAUGGAGGUAUGGUGCAUCAAUGGAAGUGCCAUGGCACCAUUGCCAAAAGAGGAUGCUGGUAAAUUCUAUAAUGGAGACUGCUACAUUGUGCUUUAUAACUACCACUCGGGUGAGAGGAAAGAAGAUUACUUUCUAUGCUGUUGGAUUGGAAAGGAUAGCAUUGAUGAGGACCAAAAGAUGGCUGCUCGGUUCGCUAAUACAAUGUAUAACUCGCUUAAGGGGAGACCUAUUCAGGGUUCAAAUGUUUGAAGGUAAAGAGCCACCACAGUUCAUUGCACUUUUCCAACCUAUGGUGGUUCUUAAGGGUGGUCUAAGCACUGGUUA